UAAAUAUUUAAAAAUGAUACCACGAUAUAUAAUAUUAUCUUAAUAAUUGCAAAAUAAGUCAAUUAAUAUCUUACGUAUUAACACAUAUGUCAAUAAUUUACAAAAAGGUUCCUUCAUAUAAAAUAGGUUAUAUUUGUUAACAAAUUAUUUGAAUUUAUAUUCUUCUAAAGAAUUGAAUUUAAUAUUUGCCUAUUAAAAGUAUUAAAAUAAAAUAAUGAGGAGAAAGGCUGGAAUUGGUGCUAUUCAUAAACAAAAAUUAGAGCAAGAAAAAUACAAAGAUAAAGGAACAGAGAUACAAGAAAAUCAAUUGGAACAAAUGACCAAACAAAUGGAAACCUUUCGUGUCAACUUAGAAGAAUUUGCGACUAAGCAUAAAAGCGAGAUUAAAAAGAACGCACAGUUUCGACGACAAUUUACAGAGAUGUGUGCAUCCAUCGGUGUUGAUCCAUUAGCAUCUGGGAAAGGUUUUUGGUCGGUGCUAGGAAUCGGUGACUUUUACUACGAACUAGCAGUGCAGAUCGUUGAAGUAUGUAUGGCAAUGAAUUAUAAGAACGGCGGUCUGAUAUCUUUAGAUGAAUUAAGAACACGUUUGGUGCAAGCAAGAGGUCGACGUAAAGAACAUCAAGAAAUAACAAAUGAAGAUUUGUUAGCUGCGUCUAAGAAAUUAAAAAUAUUUGGAAACGGAUUCACAAUAGUUCCCAUAGGUAGAGGAAAGUAUUUAGUCCAGUCUGUUCCAGGUGAAUUAAGUAUGGAUCAUACUGCGGUGCUACAACAAGCUAGUCUAUCUGGAAACGCACACAUUUCCAGGUCGAUGUUAGAAAAUGAGUUGAAAUGGGAAAGAGAACGAGCACAGAAAGCAUUGGAUCAUAUGGUCAAAGAAGGAUUAGCUUGGUUUGAUGAACAAGGAGAAAAUGAAACCUUGUAUUGGUUUCCUAGUUUGUUUACAGCCUGUAUCGCCUCCAAAGAAUAAUAAUUUUUCUUUUUUCUUUUUUUAAAGAUAAUUUAUCAGAAACCAAGAUGUGAUAUUAAUCCUACAAUUAUGACAUUACUAUGUCAACUUAUUUUAUUUCCUUCGAUGCUUCUAAAAUAUAUAUUAAAAGAUACUUAAUACACGGAAGAAAUUCUAUAACUAUAAUAUGGUUACAAUAAAAAAAUAAAUAUUUUAACAUACUUCG